GCGAGCUUGAAUAUAUAGAAUCAUGAGUGUAUUGAAUCCAACGUAGGCUUUGUUGCCCGAUUUUAUCGUUUGGGAAUUCACAAUGGCUGAAACAGAUGGUGUAUUAGUCGAACCUAGCAUCCACGAUCGAAACACACAUGAAAAACAAAAUGGAAAUAUUGAGAAGACAAAUGGGUAUACACCUCUCAAGACGAUAUUAGAACCGUCACUUUUACAGAAAAGAAUAGAAAAACAAAGAGAGCUGACUCGGAAAUCGCAGCAGUCAAGUACUAUAAUAGUCGUAGACCAGCAACCUAAAAAAUCCAUUCUUCCACGGAAUAGGUUACCAGUACCGAGUAAAAUAACUUCCAUGGAGUACAAACCAGAUGAACAACCACUUGUGUCACUCGACAGCGAUAGUGAUGAUGAAUUUGAUAUAUCAAAAUUACCAAGUCAGAUAAAUAUUGAUUUGAACCAGCAGUUGCUGAAAGAUGGUUAUCGCCUCGAUGAGCUUCCUGAUGACGAAGAUUUGGAUCUGAUUCCUCCAAAGUCUUUCAACCAGCGGUGUGUGUGCUGUCAGUUACACCAAACACUAUGUACAAUACAAUAAUACAGGUCAAGUAGCCUGUGAUAAACUGCACUCACCCAUUGCUUUGAUAGCAACAAGUUAUACGACGAUGGAACUAUACAUACCAGUAGUGUCGCCUGCAUAUGUUUUUGGCGAGUGAUGCAAUGCCGCAACUUGCCACUUUUCUGUGCGUUUUUUAAUGAUGUUCAUUAUCAAUCUAUAACGCACAAUUGCAGUAUACCUUCCAUGUUAGAUAGUCUUGUGAUUUACCCCGCUUAGAUGUACUUACAAGCAACAACAUGGCAUGUACAAGCAAGCUCUACGAAAGUUGUCAAGCUAGAUGUCUGCAAUUCUCGUUUGUAACUUGAGAAGGCAAGCCUGCCAAUCCCCGGGAUUACAUGGUGCAAUAAUGUUUACCUAUUAUCAUCAUACACCACAAAAUCAAUUUCCAGUUCCAAGUAUCACCAUUUUUUUUGUAUAUUUAAUCACAUAAACAUUGAGCCAAAUUGCACUUAAUCUGUAAAAUACGAUAUUUUCACUGCUAUUAUUCAGCUAAUAACACUAUAACCAUGGUAACUAAUAUGUGAAAUACAUGUAUGCCAAAAAAGUAGCUAAGUGGAUAAUUUGCUCUUAUCAUGCGGUGACCAUUGCUGACUACCGUAU